AUAUAACUCGAGAAGAAGAACAAAAGAACACAAGAAUCUUCUCUGGAACCGCUUUCAUCUCUGUGAAGUGUGAAAUCCCUCCACAAAACUAUAUAUAAAUAUCCAAAGCCCUCAUUGAUUUUCUCCAUCAAUUCCUUUAUUUCUCUGUAAUCGAAUCGUUACAGGCUUGAAAGAGUGAAAAUGUUUCGUCUGAGUAACAAUCUGAUAGGGAUCUUAAAUUUCAUAACCUUCCUUCUCUCGAUUCCGAUCUUGGGAGCAGGGAUAUGGCUUAGCACCAAGGCAAACACGAUCUGUGAGCAGUUUUUACAAAAGCCCGUCAUAGCUUUAGGUGUAUUUCUCAUGGUUGUUUCUCUUGCGGGACUCAUAGGUGCUUGUUGCCGUGUUUCUUGGCUUCUCUGGGUUUACCUUCUUGUGAUGUUCGUUCUCAUUGUUCUUCUCUUCUGUGUAACUAUCUUCGCUUUCGUUGUGACUAACAAGGGUGCUGGGGAGGCUGUUUCUGGUAAAGGGUAUAAGGAGUAUAGGUUGGGGGACUAUUCGAAUUGGUUGCAGAACAGGGUUAACAACACCAAGAACUGGAACAACAUCAAGAGUUGCUUGAUGGAUAGCAAGGUUUGCCAGAGUCUCGCUAACCAGACCGUGAAUGAAGGCGUACAGAAGUUCUAUAACACAAGCUUGACUCCAAUUCAGUCUGGUUGCUGUAAGCCCCCAACUUCAUGUCAGUUCACCUACGUGACCCCAAUUCAAUGGACCAGCACAAACACAAACGCAUCCUUUACUGACCCAGACUGCACAACUUGGAACAAUAAUGAUCUCUGCUACAACUGCCAAUCUUGCAAAGCUGGAGUGCUACAAAACAUCAAGAGUGAUUGGAAGACGGUGGCCAUUAUCAACAUCAUCUUCCUUGUCGUCCUUAUCAUAGUCUACUCCAUUGGUUGCUGUGCUUUCAGGAACAAUAGGAGAGACAAUGGUUAUACCGGAUGGAAGGGUCACCCAUAGAAAUCUCUCUGAUUGGAUUACUUUGCUGUUGAGAGAGGGAGAUCUAGUGCUGAUUUGUUUGUUUGUUUGUAUGACUCUGUUUUCCAUUUGAUUUCUAGUAGUAUGUUGGACAUACUUGUAUUUCUUGUAUAGCUUUGUUUGUGGGUAUCUAACCUAUCUGCCUCGUUUAUGCAUCUCUGUUCUUUGUCUUUUCAA